UAUAGUUUUAAAAGCUCUAUUUAAUAAAUAAAUUUAUUUAUCAAAAUUUUGACUCAAAAGUGUAUCUGAGAUGAACCUGUGACCUUUAUAUUAUUGUUUUGAGCCUAAGUUUGAACCCAAACUAAACCUAAGCCCAAAUGAUUUAAUUUCAUAAGCCUAAUUAGCUCUUCUUGAAGCCCAAUUAUUUUUAUUUGGCCCAAGCCCAAGACAAAUCUAAACCCUAGAUAUAUAUGAAGCUAUACAUUGGUUUCAAGCUAGAUGUUCAUCCAAGAAGUUCUAAAUCAGCAGCCCACUCCCAAAUCGUAUCUCUCUACCAUCUCUCUUCUUCGCAACCAGUAGGGACCAGCAGAUCAACGCAGCAGCGUAGCAACCAGCGACCUUCCCUUCCGUCUCUCUCUUGCUCUUGUUCGGACCAGCAGGGGAACCUGCGGCGGAGCAGAUCGGCGGUGGUGGGCGGCUCGGGCGAGGACGUCCAGCGAACAGCCGCAGAUUGGAGCAGCAGGUGGUGGUCUCUGGCGUGGCUGGUCAACGACGAACUCCGGCGCGACAGCUGGACGGCGUCUUCCCUCCUAUGGCGCGGCAGCUGGACGGCGGUGGCUGUGGGUGGUGUGGUGACCUGCGGUGUGGCAGCAGGUGUGGCGGUGGUGGUAUUGGCUCUGAAAAAUUGGGCAGAAAACAAAGGAAGAUGGCAAAUUUGUGAGAGAUUAAGUUGGAUUAGUGAGGAUCUGGACUUGUGGCUAGUUGAGAGCGUGACGUAGAGCUUGUAAGCCCCGAGAAAUGUUCACGUCAUAAUCUGUGUAGAUUGGACUUGAAUUGUCUUGUAGUUAGUUGUGAUUUGAAUAAGGAAAUAUUGUAAUGGAAGUUGUAAAUAGAAACGUUUGAAGCCUGUGCGUUUGGGCUUAGUUGUGACCCAAGCGUGGCAUAGCACCCCUUUGUUUAAGUUUUGGUUUCGCUUCCGCAUUUAUAUUCAGUCUUUUAGUAACAAAA